AACUGCAUGCAGGAGAUGGAUAUAUAGAAUAUCCGAGCGUGGGAGAUGGUCUUUGCACUUAAACCUAGACAGAAGAACUUUUGUAGCUGUGCUUGUGCCUACAAAAGCCCAGAAAUCAGUCAGCAAACGUGAAGUUCCAUUAAAAAUGAACCAGUCCGUGCACAAGAAGGACUAUAAAUACUUCAGAGGGUGGGUCAAGAAGGAAAUUCAGUCGCUAAAUGCAGUGUGUAGGGUGGAUGGGCUCAGAAAGUGCAGUGGGUUUUGUACUACUUACACUGAUGCCAUGUUUAAAUAGGCCAGUGUGACCCUAGGAAAACCAGGUCUCCAGAGGCACCUUCCUAACUCCUCAUGACGUUCACGACGUUCAUCAAAUUCACAAUGUUUGGCCGCUUGGCGCGUCUCCUCCCAUGUCUGACCCCCAGGUACUUAUCUUCUUCGAGGUAAAUCCACAUUUCUGGCCUGUAAUGCAUGGAGGAAUUGGCCUCCACUUUCAGGAACUGUACAAAGCCUCCCCAGGUCCAGCUGGGUCCUGGAAACAAGGCACAUUUCGAAUUGUGGCAGAGGAGAUUGGGUUGAAGCACAUCUUCUGGGGCACUAGUGUCUUUUCUGUCUGGGUUUCCUACGACUGGUACUCAUCCUCCCUGUGCUGCCUUCAGUCACCUGUAUUCUCUAUCCCCGCUCAUCAUUUAGGAGGUUGAGAAAUUACCUGGUGGAGAAAUUGAGAAGUCUUCAUGUUUAGGCACCUUGCUCCCACUUGAGCCCAUGUCCAAGCUGAGGCUCAAGAAGUUAGAAUUUUAGAAUCACAGAAUCAUUUAGGUUGGAAAAGACCCUUAAGAUCAUCAAGUCCAACCAUCCACCCAAUGACCUACGUUGUCCACACACCGCAGAUCGGGCUUGGGGUGGAGUUUCCUGAAGGAAGAGGAUCCAACGCUGGUUCUUAAGAGGUUAAGAGCACAAUUUCUAUAUGGACAGACCAGACAACUCUGCCUACAAGGAUGGAUUUGAUGACCUAGGAGCUCUUUUCCAACCUAAUUUGGGGUCUGUGACUGUGUCCUGUUAGAAAGGAGAAGACUAUUUCCAUCACUGAAGCCAUGUCAGAAGCCAAGAGGUCUUCCUGUCCAUGAGUCACUGAAACAACGACUCCACAAGGGAAGAUCUCCAGAACAUGAGCUUCUUGAGAGGUAGAAACCAGACCCGCUUCAGGACCUGCGAGCAGAAAUGCAAUGGAGCAGGGCUUCCCUUUCCCGAAACCAGCUUGCAUGGAGCAGCCUGGAGAGCUUCCAACCCCAGGGAUGCAAGAAGAAAAAACCCCUGGAGAUCCCCUUGGAGAUUUAAAACGUUUCUCUCGUUUGUGCCCCCCAGCAGGAUGCACCCCGAGGAGAGCAAGGGCUGAACCGAGCCCAACACAAGGACACGAGGAAGGAAGGGGAGAUCCCAGCAUUGCCACCGGCAUCGCCACUGGCAUUGCGGCCAGCAAACGGUCAGGGAGCAGCUCAGAGGGCACACAGCCGGAGGCAGCUCCUGAGGCCGAGCAGAGGCGGGGAGAAGGCAAGGCUGUGAAGGCUGCAGCUCAUCUCAUACCUCGUGGAGGGGACGUGAAAAUCCUCGACGGCUCCAAAGCCCGGCACGGGGCCGCCACCAGAGAGAAGAAGUACACGUGCGAGGAGUGCGGGAGGAGGUUUGGCCAGAGCUCGAACCUCAUCGUGCACCAGCGAAUCCACACGGGAGAGAAGCCUUACAGGUGUCACGAGUGUGGGAAGUGCUUCAGGCAGAGCUCCAACCUCAUUGUCCACCAGAAGACACACGCUGGGGAGAAGCUUUACGAGUGCCCCAAGUGCCAGAAGUGCUUCCCGGACAGGUCGCUGCUCAUCAGGCACAAGAGGAUCCACGUGGGAGAAAAGCCCUUUAAAUGCCAACAGUGUGGGAAAAGCUUCAUGCACCGAUCAAGGCUUCUUGUCCACGAGAAGGUCCACACAGGAGACCAGCUCUACCAGUGCCCCCAGUGCGGGAAGUGCUUCGGGGACAAGCCCAAGUUGCUGCAGCACUGCCGGCGGCAUGUGGGCGAGCGGCGCUACAAAUGCUACGAGUGCGGAGCGGAGUUCAGCCAGAGCUCGGACCUCAACCUCCACCAGAGGGUCCACGUGGAGGAGAAGCUCUACCAGUGCUCGACAUGCGAGAAGUGCUUCAAGGACAGGUCGACACUCAUCAGGCACGAGACGGUGCACACGGGGGAGAAGCCCUACAAGUGCCACGAGUGUGGGAAGAGGUUCACCAGGAGCUCCGAUAUCAUCGUCCAUCAACGGACGCACACCGGCGAGAAGCCCUUUGAGUGCCCCGAGUGUGGCAAGAGCUUCAGCCACAGGUCAAAUCUUUUCCGGCACCAGAGGAUGCACACAGGGGAGAAGCCCUACAAGUGUGAAGAGUGUGGGAAGCGAUUUGGGCAGAGCUCGGAGCUCAUCGUCCACCAGCGCACGCACACGGGGGAGAAGCCCUACCACUGCUCCGAGUGCGAGAAGUUCUUCCGGGGGAGAUCAACGCUUUUCAGGCAUGAGAGGCUGCACACGGGGAUUAAACCCUACGAGUGCGCCAAGUGCGGGAAGAGCUUUGGGCAGAGUGGGGACCUGAUCGCCCACCAGCGCUUCCACACUGGUGAGAAGCCCUACCAGUGCGGUGAGUGCGGGAAGUUCUUCAGCAACCGGUCGAGCCUCGUUCGGCACCAGAGGCUGCACGCCGGGGAGAAGCCCUACAAGUGCCACGAGUGCGGGAAGAGCUUCGGGCAGAGCUCGGACCUCAUCGCCCACCAGCGCACACACACAGGCGAGAAGCCCUACCCGUGCCCGGUGUGCGGGAAGAGCUUCAGCAGGAGGUCCAACCUCCUCGUGCACCAGCGAGUGCACGGAAGGGACAGGCUCUGCAAAUGCCGGCAGUGCGGGAGAAGCUUCCAGCAGAACUUGCAGCUCGCCCUGCAGCAGAACUCUCCUCAGUGUCCCGAGUGCACAAAGUGGUUUGAGGAGGGGUCAAACCCUGGUGAACACCAGAGAUAGCACUGGGGAGAAAAACUCUGUAAGCACCCAGAGUUCUGGAUUGGGGCGAGACAUCACAUC